AUGUCCUCCCCGCUGCACUCGCCUGCCCGUAACCACUGUCAGCAGGUGUCUUGGAUCUGCUACGCAAAUGCAAAUGGCCAGCCAACUUCACUAUCAGCCAGCACAGGGAACUGCUGGCAAUGCUCUUCCAAGCUGUGGCCAGCUUGUUGCAGUAUAGCUCACUUCAGGUCAGGAUACUCCAGCAUGCUGGUGGUGGGGAGCUGCCAAGCCACAAGCUGUGCUUCCCCUGACAGGAGCAGCAAUAGGCAAGCUUCCCACUAUGAGCUUGGCCACAAGCUUGCCUCUGUGAUGUGCUCAAACAGCUCGAGAAAGGCUUCCAUGUUGUCCUGCAGCCCCAUCUUAACCAGCUGCACAGGAAUGCUGGCUGCAGGAGCAACCACUGGAGUACCUGCUGACUGGUCCAAGCUCUGCAUCUCCUGCUGGUCCUUUGCUUGGGCCUCAAGCAGGGCCUGGAAUCGCUGCACCUGCUUGGUGGAUCAUCUGAGCAACUCUUGCCUGGCAAAGGGAGAAAACUGCUAUAUUCUGGAAAACCCAGAGGAUCCUCUGCUGUCGAAAGAUGGAGAUGUGAUAAUUGGAGCUAUUUUUUCAGUACAUAGGUGUACACAAAUGCAAUCACUGGCAUAUACUAUAAAACCUCCAUCCUUAAUGUGCAUUAGAAUUAAUCUCAGACAGUUACGUUCCGCUCAGACCAUGACUUUUGCAAUUGAGGAAAUCAACAAAAGCAGCAGCUUGCUCCCAAAUAUUUCAGUUGGUUACAGAAUUUAUGACAAUUAUUUCUCAAGUUUGUUAUCUAUGAAGGCAGCCAUGGCAUUGAUGAAUGGUAUGGACAUAAGAGCAGAUGGUACAUGCUCUGGACAAGCAGAAGUACAAGCAAUCAUAGGGGAGUCAUCUUCUUCUCCUACGAUAACACUCACAAGAACAAUUAGACCCUUUAAGAUCCCAGUGAUAAGUCAUGCUGCCACAUGUGAAUGUUUGAGCAACAGAAAAGAGUACCCCUCUUUCUUCAGGACCAUAGCAAGUGACUACUACCAGAGUAGAGCACUGACAUAUUUGGUCAAGCACUUUGGCUGGUCUUGGGUGGGAACUGUGAACAGUGAUGAUGACUAUGGCAACAGUGGAAUGGCUAUUUUUCUGAAUGCAGCAAAAGAGGAGGGAAUAUGUGUUGAGUACUCUGUGAAGUUUGCUAGGUCAGAUACUGGGAAGAUAUUAAAACUGGCUGAUGUUAUUAGGAAAGGCACUGCCAAAGUAAUUAUUGCAUUUCUUACCUAUGCUGAAAUGAAGAUUCUAACAGACCAGCUUAUUCUAAAGAAUGUCACUGGCUACCAGAUGAUUGGUGUUGAGGCAUGGAUCUCUGCUGUCGAUCUAGUAACACCAGCAAGUUACAACAUAUUAGCAGGAGCCAUUGGUUUUGAUGUGGGAAAAUUGAACAUUGGUGGUUUUAUUGACUAUGCUCUCAAUGGAUUUUGGCAAACAGCACUCCCUUGUUUGAAUACAGAGGGAAACGUUUCUCAACAUGAAAAGGACUGCAGCAAAUAUGAAGAUAUGAUUCAAUUUAAAAACUACAGAAAGGAUUUAUCAGAACUGAGAUAUGCAAAUAAUGUCUACAAUGCAGUUUAUGCUGUAGCACAUUCUCUGCACAGCCUGUUGGGAUGCACAGAAAACCAGAGUUGUGAGAAAAGGAAAUUAAUAAAACCAUGGCAGGUUGUUGAAUCUCUAAAAAAGGUCAAUUUUACUAACAAAGUAGGGGAAGAAGUUUGGUUUGACAGCAAUGGAGCAACAGCUGCAAAAUAUGAUGUGGUCAACUGGCAACAGGGGCUCAAUGGAGAAGUGGUGUUUAAGACAGUGGGUUAUUUUGAUGCCUCUCUGCCAAGUGGACAACAGUUUGUCCUGAAUGUCAAAGACAUAGUGUGGGCUGGAGAGAAAACACAGAAGCCAAGAUCUGUGUGCAGUGAGAGCUGUCCUCCAGGAACCAGAAAAGCAGCACAGAAAGGAAGGCCUGUCUGCUGCUAUGACUGUAUACCAUGUGCAGAAGGAGAGAUCAGUAAUCAGACAGAUUCAGAUAACUGCGAGCAGUGUCCAGGAGAGUAUUGGUCUAAUACUGAGAGAGAUGAAUGUGUGUUAAAGGUCAUAGAGUUUCUUUCAUUUACUGAAGUUAUGGGGAUAGUACUGGUCCUUUUUUCUUUGGUUGGAGUUACAGUAACUGUUCUAGUCGCUAUUUUAUUUCUAUUAGAAAAGGACACUCCCAUUGUUAAGGCAAACAACUCAGAGCUGAGCUUCCUGCUGCUGUUCUCCCUGACUAUGUGUUUCCUCUGUUCACUUACUUUCAUUGGUCGACCCUCUCAGUGGUCCUGUAUGUUGCGCCACACAGCAUUUGGGAUCACCUUCGUCCUCUGCAUCUCCUGUGUUCUGGGGAAAACAAUUGUGGUAUUAGUGGCUUUCAGGGCUACACUUCCAGGCAAUAAUGUCAUGAAAUGGUUUGGGCCUCUACAGCAGAGACUCAGUGUACUUGCAUUUACAUUUAUACAAGUCCUGAUUUGUGUGCUUUGGUUAACAAUUUCUCCUCCUUUCCCCUAUAAGAACAUGAACUAUUACAAGGAAAAGAUCAUAUUAGAAUGUAACUUGGGCUCAGCUCUCGGUUUCUGUGCCGUGCUGGGUUAUAUAGGAGUUCUUGCUUCCAUCUGUUUUGUUUUGGCUUUUCUGGCUAGAAAGCUGCCAGAUAAUUUUAAUGAAGCUAAAUUCAUCACAUUCAGCUUACUCAUUUUCUGUGCAGUGUGGCUCACCUUUAUUCCAGCUUAUGUCAGCUCUCCUGGAAAAUUUACUGUAGCUGUGGAGAUAUUUGCAAUUUUGGCAUCCAGUUUUGCUCUACUAUUCUGUAUAUUUACACCUAAAUGUUACAUUAUUCUGUUCAAACCUGAACUAAAUACAAAGAAAAAUAUGAUGGGCAAAAUGGCCUCAAAAUCACCUUAA